AUGAAACACCUUGUUGCAUCUUUCAUUCUUGUGAUCCUCCUCCUAACACCAUCUCUGGCCCUGAUGAACAUCAGUGACAGCCAUUCUCUGGAUGGAUCUGUUGGGACCCAAACUAUCCAAGUUGAUGACUUCCAAGGUAUGGUCAGCAUUCAAGACAGCAAUGUGUUCAGUGAAUGGAGUGGAAUCAUGGACUACAAGACAGAUCUCUUUGCAGUGAAGCUGUUUAGCAAGAGGGCCUGCAUCCUAGCUAAGAUGGACCAAGCAGUCUUCCCAAGUUUGGAUGACAUUAGUAAGGCCCUGGACAAGCAGACUUUCAAGCAUUACCCAUCCACCCAUGGAUUGACCUACACUGUUUUACCCAACCGAGUUAAGAGCUUAGCUCAGUAUAGAACGGCCAUCAAGAACGUAUGCAGAGAGUUCCCUACCUACUUUGCACAGCAGCAAAAAGAAGGUACUGCCCAGGCGAUUGACCCAGAAUCCUGUUUUGAAAUUCAACUUCUGUUCUUUAUGGGACUCUCCAUCUGUGGUGAGAUCCCUGGGCUCUGA